AUGCCCUCUCGUCCACCUGCCCUAUCCCCCCUCGUCCACCAGAGGCACUCGAACAAACAGCGCAAGAAAAUUCUCGCGCUGCAGCUGACCAACAACAAGGUCCUGUCGACGGCCGCUUCUGACAAGGAGAGGUCGGCCCGGAGGGAGGGGGACCUCCUGGCAAAGGUGGACACCGCCGAGGACACCAUUGCCUCCCUGACCGACACGGUGGCCGAGCAGCAGCUGGCCGCCGCGACGGAGUCCGAGCGGUUUGAACAGGCCCAGCGCCAGCUCGACAACAAGCUCAAGACUUCGAGGCGAGCCGCUCGAGCGGAGCUCGAGUUUUGUGGCGGGAUCUCGCAGAGGUAG